UUUUGAAACGCGGGACGCAACCCGGAUGUAAAUAAACCUCACGUGGUUGCUGCGCGCGGUGAAGAUGUCUGCCCCGGUGAAACGAGCCCAGGUGAUCUCCUCUCAGGCCGAGGACAGAGUGGACUGGAAGAAGAGGAAGGCAGAGGUAAAAGAGGCUCAGAAGCAAAGGAACGAGGCCAAGCUGAUCAAACAGUUGGAAAAGCAGAAACAACAAGAGGCGGCAGAGAAAGCCAAACUCAAACAAACCCAACACAGAAAAGGUCGGGCUUACACGGUGAGUGUAGCUCUGCCGGGUUCUGUCCUGGAUAACGCUCAGUCCACCGAACUUCGUACAUACCUGGCCGGACAGAUCGCCCGAGCCUGCGUCGUGUUCUGUGUCGACGAGAUCGUCGUGUUUGAUGAACAAGGGGAAGACGUCAAGAGCGUCGAAGGAGAGUUUAAAGGCGUCGGGAAGAAAGGUCACGCUUGUAUUCAGCUCGCCAGAAUACUUCAAUACCUCGAAUGUCCUCAGUAUCUACGCAAGUGGUUUUUCCCAAAGCAUCAAGAUUUACAGUAUGCAGGUUUGCUUAACCCUUUAGACAGCCCUAACCACAUGAGGAUGGACGACGAGUCAGAGUACCGGGAAGGAAUCGUCCUCGACAGGCCGACCAAACAAGGACAAGGCUCGUUAGUCAACUGUGGAAUGAGAAAGGAUGUUCGGAUCGAUAAACAGCUGCAGUCCGGACUUCGCGUCACAGUUCAGCUCAAUAAGACACAGAAUCAAGAGAAUAAACUAUAUAAAGGUGUGGUGGUGCCUCCUCAUGUGCCCAGAACUGAAGGAGGUCUCUACUGGGGAUACACUGUCCGCCUGGCAUCUUGCCUCAGUGCAGUUUUCUCCGAAAGUCCUUAUGAAGAAGGAUACGAUGUGACCGUCGGCACAUCAGAGAGAGGCAGCAACGUGGACCAGACGACGCUGUCACCGUUCAAGCAUCUCUUGGUCGUGUUCGGAGGUCUCCAGGGAUUAGAGGCCAGCGUCGACUCUGACCAAAACCUGGAUGUGACUGACCCCAGUGCUUUAUUUGACCUCUACCUCAACACGUGCCCCGGACAGGGCAGCAGGACCAUUCGCACAGAGGAGGCCAUCUUAGUUUCCAUGGCGGCGCUGAGACAGAAGAUCACAGCCGCCUUUUCAGACGUGUCCAGUGAUUUAUUAAAGAGUUAGUGAUGGAGGCAUGUAAACAGACACACUGGAAGACAUUUUAUCAUCCAACUGGUGUUCACAAUGACUUUCCUUACUGUUCACAUAACAUCAUACACAUCAGAUACCUGUCAUAUUUCUCUCUGUGUUGCUUUAUUAAACAUAAUUUUGUAUGUAUUUGUCUCUAAAUGGCUAAAACAAAUUGUAAAUAUUUAAAUACAAACACAGACCCACGGA